GCAGGAGAGACUCGGAUCGAGGAAGAAAGGACGGGCGGCAAAAAGGGCGGGCACUGGGCAGCCUUCGGAGCUCUGCGAGAGAUCCUGUGCUGAUGCUGCGUAUUAAUCUGGUGGCGUCAGUGGGAAGGGCGCUCUCCAAUUGCAGGCAGACAUUCUAAAAUUUAGGAGGGCACACGGUCGUCUUGCUGAAGACCCCGUCUGAUCUUUCCAACUUUUGGUGGACACAUUGUGGGAGGGGGCUCCAAUUCUGGCUAUCAUGGCCGCCAAAGAUGCUGCAAUGGAUACGAGCACGUCAUCCGCCGGUUCUGAAUCCACAAGACCGGAUGCAAAGGAAAAGGAAGGGACUGCCAAAGCUUCACCUAGGCGGAGUUCUGGUUCUUCAUCUCCAAAGGAGGUGGCAGAAAAAGUCAGGGAACCUAAGGAUCUGAGUGGAAAAACAAACUACACAAAGGAGUUCAACGUCCCCAGUAUGCUCACAAGGAGGUCAUCCUCAGGGUUAACAACACCAGUCAAGACGAAUGGGGAUGCCAAGGCUGCGAAUGGGCCAGCCAAAAGCCCGAGCAUCCCAAGGACACCUGGGAGUGCAACUCCAAAGACUCCCGGAACACCCCGAACAUCUGUAUCUCUGAAAGAUCCCCUGGGACAAGAGCUUGCCAGACUGGAAAACGAAAUUGGAAGCAGGGAUGUUGAGUUGGCGAAGAAUGCGGAGGAGAUAAGGGGCUUGAAGCUAUCACACAUUGCAAAGGACAAGGCUGCAGCCAAGUUCAUCGAAGAGAAUGAGCAAUUGAAGGAGAGGGUGAUGCAAUUGGAAAAGCAGCUUGAGGGGAAGGCCUUGGAGCUGAAGAAGACCUUUGACGAGAAGACUGCAGCCGUCUCCAGCAAGAACGCAGCCGAGUUGACGCUCAGACGAAUAUACGCCUCACAGAAGGACCCCACACUGCCGCAACUAGAACAGAUCAUUGCGCCGCUUGAAGCAGAGAUCAAGCUAAAAAACAAAGAAAUCGACAAGCUGCUGGAGAAUGCGAAGGCGACAGAACGGAUGCUGAAGGUCAAGGAGACGGCCCUCGUGGAUGCCGACAAGAAAGUGAAUGAUAUGAAGGAAGAGUGCGCCAAUGUGGAGACGCUGCGGAAUGAGAAUCAGGCUCUGAGCAAAGAGCUGGGAACUAAGGAGGAGGAAGUGACUUUGCUCACGAAGCAGACCCGAGACAAAAGCGCCGACAUUGCAAAGCUGACAGACCAGAUUGUGGCCUUGAAAGAAUCGCUCACAAAGGCAGGCGAAACGACGAACUUGCUGCUGGAAGCGAGGAACUCCUUUGCCAAGCUUCAGAAGGACUACCAGCUGUUAGAGUUGGAGCUGGCCCGAAGCAGAGUGAGCGUGAACCGGGUGGCGGUAGCUGCGGCCUCGGAAUGGAAGGAGGACAGUGACAAAGUCAUCCCUGUUAAGCAGUGGGUGGAGGAGCGGAAGUAUCUGCAAGGGGAGAUGAAACAAAUGCAGGACAAGCUCGAGCAAGCGCUCAAGGCCACCCGCAGCGAGGCCCAGAAGAAGGACCGCAUCCAACAGCGGCUGCGGGUCAUCGAAGACGGCCUCAAGGUCAGUCCCCAAGGGCGGGCCCUCAUCCGCCGCCUCUCCGCGGGCCCGUCCGGCCUCACCGCCAGCACGCAUUCCACCGCCCCUAGUUCCCCCCGCACCAGCGUUACCGAGAACGGCGCCCCGGCCGCGGAGGCUGCACCGUCCGAGGACGGCGCCGCGUUGUCGGAGUCGGCGGACGGCGAGCAGGAAAUGGUGGCGGGCGUGUUUUACGACAUGCUGCAGAAGGAGGUGGUGCAGCUGCGCAAGGCCAAGGCGGACCAGGAGCAGGUGCUGCUCGACAAGGAGGACGCUAUCGAGAUGCUGACAAAGCGGUGUGAAACCCUUAGUCACGCAGCCGAAGUGGAGAGCAAGAAGACAAAGCGGGAGCUAGCAGCGCUCGAGAAGGAGGUCGCUGCCUUGAAGGCAGAUAUAAGCAGCAAGGAGAAGGAGGCCAAGGAGAGGGAGGAGUUGCUCAAGAAGGACGUGUUCAGGUUAAAGUCCAAGCUUCACGGGCUCCAACAAGGGGGAACGUGAGACAACCAGUGGUCUUUGAUCAGCGGAUUGCGUUCAGGAAAACUAGUGCGGGCUCAUCAAGUCCUUGCGAAGACCCAAUAUUCAGUUAGGGGUAUGUUAAGGUCGGCAGAUGCUGCUGCGUUGCCUACAUUUUUUAGAUAACAAGAGGGCAAUGACGGGCCCCUGGAGUUGCGGAUGCUUGCCCGCGACCUGGCUAUAAACUUCCGACAUGCAAAGUACCUCUAGGAUUCUACUUCUCUGGGAGGCUGUAGGUAGGUGCUCGUGCACUUGUGGGAGCUGGAGCGCGCUGGAGCCAACGGCAGGUUGUGCACGUGUAUGAUAUGUGCAGGUCUACUCUACAUAGCAAUGCCUAGGGAAAUAUCAGGCUUGAUCGGUGAAGCAUUGUCUACACCGAUUUCAGUUUCAAUCCUGGCACAAAUUCAAGUCCGCAUACGGUAUGAUACGCCAA